UUUUAAGAAUAAAAAUAUUUUUAUAUACAAACAAAAACAUGAAUUUUAAAUGAAUACUUAUAUCAAUUCAUAUAUGAAACACCGGAUUCAUUGAAAAUAAAAUAAGAAAACAUUGUGUAAUUUUAGAAGCGGCUCACUUGUAAGAUUAACUUUACUAAAGAUACAACAAGUCAACAGAGCUUUGAAAAUUCUUCAGAAAAAGCUUAUCAAUAUUCAAUUAUUUCUGUUAUAAAACAUUUUUUAUCAGUAUUGUACUCACGAAUAAAAAAGUGAAUCAGAAAAUGAAUUACAUUCUAUUUCAUAGAAAUUUAUUUGUAAAUUUAUAUAAAAAAAAUCAGAAUAAAUCCUUAAAAUGUAUUGUCGUUGCAUUAUAUCAGAUUUAAAAUUUUGACAUUCUGAAAAAUUUUCCGCCCCCCAAAUUGUGCCGCCCUAGGCCCAGGCCUCGCGGGCCUAGGCGGUAAUCCAUCACUGGUUGUCACUAGAGGAAAUAAGAAAAAUGAUUGUAAAAAUUCCUGGUUGUACAGAAGUAAGUGCUGAAGAUGUAGGAGAGUGGAUGGCUUGUGACACGUCUGACCCUGGUUUUCAAAUUCUCAAUGACGAUGAAAUUGUUGUAAGUGUGAGAGAAGAUGUUGAAGUGGAAGUGGAAGAAGAACUUUCUGCUGAUGUUGAAGUAGACGCUGGACCAUCAGCUAGUGAAGCAUUUGCCGGCCUCGAGACUGCUUUGAAGUGGAUGGAGCGUCAGCCCGAGUGUGACCACUUACAACUGCUCACCAUCAAGCGAAUACGUGACCUGGCUGCCCGAAAACGGUUGAAGUCCGCCAAACAGCUUACAUUGACGGAGAUGUUUAAAAAACAAUGAUUUUUAUUUCUAAACUUGUACAUAAGUACAUUUUAUUUAUAUUUAAAACAUGUGAAAACAUGUUUCUUUCAUUUAAUUCAAUAAAAAAAUAGUGCAAUAUCAAAACGUAGCUCUUAUUCUCUCCAAUGGCAAUUUAAAAAAAAAAAAAUCCGAUUAUCCGAAUAUUUGAUUAUUUGAAUGGGUCCC